AUGCUGUAUGUGCCGCUAUGGCUGCUGGGAUUUGAGUUGGUCUUUGCGGUGCUUGCUGACAGCACCUGCCAAUCGAAGCAUCACGAGGAUUGGCCAUCUGUGCAUCGACGAUUGUUGAGACUUUUGGAUGGGCAGGGCGGGACGGAAACCUUGGCUGACGAGCUGGACAGAGCAGCAUCGUCAUUUGCCGAAAGGGCUGUCCCUCGGUUGGAUGGCACGCUCGACACGGACUGCAUUCCCGGGCGAGUUUCCCUCGACCUCCUCCUGCUCUUAAGCCAGCAGAAUGGUCUGACGGAUGCCCACGAGAUUUGGAAGGAAGGUGGCCUGUUGGACUCCAAGAGAGACCUUCUGGCGGGAUGGCCAGCAGUCGCUCGAAGCGGCUGGCCCGUUUUCCGGCUGCUUCGUCUCUUACAGAACCGGGCGCAGGCGCAUGCAGCAGCACCACCCAUGACGGGAUGCCACGAGGAUGAGGAUGAAUUUGCGGCGACUAUGAUGAAGCAUGUGCGACAUCGCAAACCUCAGGAUGAGGCCUUGCUUGCCGCCAGUGCUAUGUUUGUCCUGAGCUCACGGAGCAGCCGAUGCCCGCUCUCAGUUGCAGCGGCAUACCUGUCCAGUGCCUGGGCUCGAUUUCCAGUGUUCGACGAGGAGACCGAGGAUCUUCUCGGCUUGGCCGAGAUGAAUAUGCGCAACAUCAGCUUGGCUAGACUUCUGACGACGCAGCACCCGUUGCUGGACAUGCUGGAUGACGUCGCCAGCUCCUACCAGGCUUUCUUAAUUGAUUCUGGAGCCCUCUACGUCGAUCUCAGGGACGAGAACAGCUCGCAGGCCGAGCCCCGAGUGGACUACACGCGCCACAUGAUGGUGACAGACGACUUCACUUCUAAGGCUGCGCCCGCAACUUGCCCGGAUGAUGCGCUGACUCCGUCAGGGCGUUGCAACAGCUUCGCGGCCUUGGGAAACGCUAUGUUGCCGUGGCAGGCGGGCAUUUCCCAGGAGGACACCGUGCGUGCGCUUCACGAGGAUGGCAUUCAGGCGCUGGUCUUCCGACUAGUUCAAAGCCACUCGGCCAGCGCGGAACUCCUACUCCUGGCCGUCCCAGAGGCUCUUGAGGCACACGAGCAGCUGGCAGACUGCGUCGCAGCUGCCAUCAUUGCGGCAAUAGAAGCUAUGUUGCCGGGGAUGCUAAGGCUAGAGAUGGUGGUCAGCCUUGGAAAUGAAGCUGUGUCACAACGGAGAUCGUAUUCGUGGAGCCCUCCUUAUGGUCGCCGACAGGAUGUGCCCCCGCCUGUGUUCAGCUUCUGCAGUGAUCGGAAGAAUUUUUGGGAUAUACCAUUGCCAAGCUCCCUCUGCUACCGCUUCCGACCACAUUGCAAGGGCAAGGCGCAAAACUUGCAUCCUGUGAGCGUCUGUGGAGACCUGAUGGUGGAGGACUCCGGAGAUAGCUCUGCCCUCUCCUGCAAGAGUUUCCGUCCAUCUCGUGCUCUGAAUGACGCCGCUGCCGCUGACAGGCUGAUGGCUUAUGGAGAACUCCUUCGCUACAGACGCUAUCAGCUGCUUGGCAUCUGGCAUCGACUUCAACAUGCCUUUGAUUUGUGGCAGCUCCACUGGGCCCUGGCCGUGAUCCUUAUUGUCGUGCUGCUCGUGGGGCUCUUCCGCUCUUACCGAAUCUUGAAACAGACUCAGCACCUCACCGUGGUGAGACAUGCCCCGGAGGGAAUGAGAAUCGUUGAGUGUGGUUCCUGCCACACGUCACAGUAUGUCAGUGCCCACGGACGUAUCUUUAUCUGCUGCAACUGCCACUGUGCCAAUCGGAUUCCGAUGGAGGCUACACGAGCAGAGGAGCUUACGGUGGCAGACGGGCCACUGAAGAAGUUCGAGUUCAAGAAAGGCGGUGAGAACUUCUGGCAGGCCAAAGUCAUUCAGAAGAGCAAAGCUAGAAAGCAGCCCCGGGAGAGAAGCACUCCGCUGCCAGAUCGCGAGCACUGGGAGGCCGUGCUGUCUGCCAAUUGGACGUGCUUGAAGGAGGCUCCAGACGCUGUGAAAGAUGAUCCUGUCUGCGUGCAAAUUGCCGCGAGACAAAGCUGGAAGGCGCUGGAGUACGCAUCCGAAGACAUCAAAAAUGAUCCAGUGGUGACACUGCCCGUCGUUCAGUCUUGUUGGUGGGCGCUAGAGUUUGUUGGACAAGACGUCCGACGAGACGAAGAAGUUGCCAUCGCUGCCUUACGCCAAAAUGCUCUAGCCUUCGAGUGCCUCUCCCACGAUCUGCGGCACGACCUCAUCAUUCUGCAAGAAGCAGUCCGUGUGGACGGAAAGGCGCUGAGAUUUGCAUCGAAGGAUCUAUUGGCAGAUCGCAAGCUUGUGGAAGACGCUGUUCGAAAUGCGGGUGGAGAGGCUCUCCGCUAUGCCGCUGAGGAGUUUGGCGAUGACCCAGACAUGGUGCUUCUGGCACUUCAGGCUCCUGCGGGCUCGGACAGAGCCUUGGCCUUCUCGAAGCGGUUGGCUGCGGAUCAUGGGUUUGUCCUCCAGCUUACGCAGAAGGAUGGCAUGGCCCUGCGCUAUGCUUCGGAGAGCUUGAAGGCGGACAUGUCAGUCGUUUUGGCGGCCGUGGAGCAGAAUGGCGAUGCUUUGCAAUUUGCUUCUGAUGACAUGCGCGACACGCGCAAGGUUGUGGAAGCAGCAGUGCAGCAGAACCCCAAAGCUUUGCGAUUCGCCUCCGAGAAGCUGCGCUCCGACGAAGACUUGGUCAAGCAGGUUGCCACGGUGGACGGCACCAUUCUGGAGUUUGCGGUAGAUCUUUGUGGCAACAGACGUGUGGCUGUGAAAGCUGUGGAGCAAUCAUGGGAAGCGCUUCGCUUCGAAGAGGUUGAUGGAGGCUUGCCUGCCAACUUGCUUCUGGAGGCUGUGAAGCAGGAUUGGAGAGCGGUUCAAGAGAUUCUCAAGAAAGAGCCGGAGGUCUCCGAGGAUCUUCUUCUCCAAAUGGCUACGACCAAUCCGGAGAUUGUGCGGGCAAGUCAGUUGCGCGGACAUCGCGUGAUAGCAAGGGCUGCCCUUGAAGUGAAUGGUAUGAUGCUGCACUAUCUACUGCCGCAUCUGAGAUCGGAUCUUGAACUGGCCGCUGCAGCCGUGCGCCAGAAUCCCGAUGCAUUGUCAGAGGCGCAUCCGGCGCUGCGCCAGGAGCCAACUUUGCGCAGCUUGCAGAAGGAGGGCUUCGCACGACGAGCACACACCGAGCUUCGGAGGGCCAAAGCUUUGAGGGAGGCCGAGGAAUUGAAUUGCUCCAGCGACUGUCAGUGA